AGCAGCGGGUGGCACCGAGUCACCCAGCAGGUGGCUUUAAAGUGCGGCUGGCUUAAAGCACUGGUCUUAACCCCCAAAAAUAUGGCAAAUUGACAACUAAUUUCGGCCGAGACGAAAUCCGAAAUACGAAAUCCCCCGAAAAGCCAGACUCAUGACAAUUUCCUGCCGCGCCUUGUCUCAUUUCCUUAUUCCGCAGAGCGACUACGGCGAGGCCAAGACGCACUUGGAGCAGCUGCAGCACCUGGACCACCACCUCCACCACCACGCCCACUUGGGGCUCUACCAUGGGGCUUUGCCCGGCACAUCCACCUUAACCACCGACUCGGUGGUUUCCUGUGUCAGCUCCACUUUACCGGCGGUGGCCAAGGCCAUUUCCGCAUCCUCCAGCUGCGACGGCCUGGAGGCGGAGAGCAAGAAGUGCCACGCCAGCGAGCUGGACUCGGGUGGGCAGGGCCUCCUGGAGGCCAUCUGCCUGGGCCAGAAGACGUCGCCCCCGGUGCCGCCGCCGCCACCUCAUCCUCCUUGCUGCCUGGCCUUGGGCGGAGGAGCCGCCUCGCCCACGCCCAUCGCCACGGCCGCCCUGAUGAACGCCUCCGCCGGAUCCUCCAGCUCGGGCGGAGCAAGUGCCUCUCUCUGCAACGAUCUCACGCGGGAGUCCUCCUGGUACGCCCACCACCACCACCACCACCAUCAUCACCACCAGCAGUUGGCCGACGAGCUGGUCAUGUAUGCCACGCCCACGCCCACGCCGGCGAUUGGGAAGUUCGGCCUGGACACUUCCACCGAGGGUUACUUGAACGCAAGGUACAAUGUGAAUGUCAAAGGCGUGCGCCAUGAAAGAACAUCCACUUUCUUUGACAUUCCCGCUGUGACGCACCCACACUCGCAUCCGCAUUCGCAUCCGCACCCGCAUCCGCAUCCGCACCCGUACUGCUACAGGUUUCCAUCAUCGCCACCCGCGGGCAUUCUGAAAAAGAGCGACGAAGAUGCGGCCACCGCUGCCGCCGCUGCUGCCGCCGCCGCCGCUGCAGCCGCAGCACAACUGCAACAUGCUGCUGCACUGCAUCCGCAGCAUCACCAUCACCAUGGUCACCACAGCCAGCAGUCGGAGCAGCAGGCUCUCACCCACCUGACACCGCUCCAUGCCGCCUCCGCCUUUAAGUUCAGUCACACGGCGGUGAUAUCCAGCUCGGCGGUAUAUGCCACGCCCUCCCACUACGCCCACCAGCAGCACACGCAGUCGCAGUCCGUCUACCGGGAUUUAUCGCCCGCAUCCUUGGCGGCGGUCAGCGAUGCGGACCUGAAGUACGACAGUGGUCCCUACAACGCCACCAUCUCCUCCACCUAUCCCUCCGCGCUGCGGCCCAAUGUGGUGGACUCCACCACCUCCAGCGAUGCGGAACUGCGCCUGGAUCAGUUCUACGCCAGCAAUGGCAUCUCCACCAGCAGCAAUGGCCAGACGAUCAGCCAGCGGAGGGGUUCCCUGCAGCUCUGGCAGUUCCUGGUGGCCCUCUUGGACGAACCCACCACCAGCUGCAUCGCCUGGACAGGUCGUGGCAUGGAGUUCAAGCUGAUCGAGCCGGAGGAGGUGGCCCGCCGUUGGGGUCUCCAGAAGAACCGGCCGGCGAUGAACUACGACAAAUUGUCGCGCAGUCUGCGCUACUACUACGAAAAGGGCAUCAUGCAGAAGGUGAACGGAGAGCGGUACGUCUAUCGGUUCGUCUGCGAUCCGGAUGCACUGUUCAACAUGGCCUACGGUCACCUAACCACCGGAUCCGGCAAGGGUGACCAGCACCAGUUGACCCUGUCGCUGGCCAAGACGCCUCCAACUUCCGGCGACUCCCAGACGCAAUCGCCUCGCGGGGCCAAGUCGGAUUAUUACGAUACCGCCGGAUUGCAUAAAUAUUAGCUACAUGGUCUUUCUGUCUGUGUGUGUGUGUGUGUGUAUCCAUAUGUGGGCGGAGCGUGGGAAUGCGGCCGAGUGGGCGUGGCCAGGUCCCGUGUACAUUGUGUAAUCUAGUUGCGUGUGUAUGUGCGUGGGGUCACGAAUUUGAAAUAAAGGUUUCGUUAUGAUGAGCUGGGUGAGGAAUAGUCGGCAUGAGGGGCAUAAAAGCAACUUGACAGUAUAGAAAAUCGAGGUCACCAAUUACUUUCUUUUGGCCAAAGCUAGAUGUGCAGCUUACUUCAGUAAAUAUAAGACCAAUACUGGUGAUUUAUAAUGUUGUUUAUAAAAUAUCGUAUCAGAAUAAAGCUCACGCUACCGCAAAGCUAUGCAU